UCCCUCAUGAAUGUUUAAUCGGCAAUGACCUAGCUAGACAAGUUAAGAACUGGAAAAAGUUGUAUGAGGAGAAGGAAGAUUACAACAGAAGCCCUAUUCAGGAAGCAGUGUGCUUACCUAUUCAACCGGAAUCUGAACAGGGUCCAGAAUCCAGUUCCACCAUUACCGAAAUUGUUAGUAAAACAGGGGGAGUUCAAGAAAUUAAACAAGCUCAGGAGGAAGAUGAAUCCCUGAAGCCUUUGUUUAAGCAAGCUGAAAGUUUACCAGAAUCAGCAGGAGAACUACCCAAUAAAUUUGUCACAAAAGAUGGUGUGUUUUACAGAGAAAGCAAAAGUGUGGAAUCAGAAGAAAGGUCAGAAAUACAUAGUCAGAGUUUCACUGAAAUUGAAAGGCAAGCGCAGGUGGCUGAGAAACUGAAGGAGCAACAGGCAGAGCGGUUGGGCAUGGGCUUGGUGUCCAGGAGCUCUAUUUCUCACUCUGUCCUCUCUGAGAUGCAAGUGAUAGAACAAGAAACGCCAGUGACUACAAAGUCCACACGGUCCCAGCUAGAUCUCUUUGAAGACAUCGGAAGCUUCACAUCUGGACCACCAAAGUACAAAGAUAAUCCUUUUUCAUUAGGCGAUGCCUUCAGCUCACAGUGGGAGACAGACAACUCCUCGUGGGAAAUGGACAAAGGGGAAGAGGAGGCAGACAUUGCCAUCUCCAGCAUCCGGCCUAUUGGUGACAGACCCAUUAACAGAAGAGAGACAGAGAGCAAGAUAUCAGUAGUGGAGUCCAAUGAAGCUCAGCAGAAGUUUGCAGGGGCCAAAGUCAUCUCAUCUGAUAUGUUCUUUGGACGGGAAGCUGAUACAGUUCCAGUGGCUGAAUAUUUGACCGAUCUUCAGUCAACCAUGAGAGUGGCAAGAGACAUAGCACAAGAACAUCUAGCUGUAGCCCAGCAGAGACAGAAGAGCUACUAUGACGUGUCAGCCAAACCAAGAAGCAAGCGGAGGUUAUUUUUCGAUGGAGAGAGUGGUAAAGACCCUGACGUGAUGGGGAUUGGUAGUUUUAACCAUCAACAGUUUACUUUCAAGAUUCUACAAAAAUGCUUGGACUAUGUUUCGCAGGACUUCUUAAAUGACUCUUGGAAGUUUCGCAAAAAAACAUUUUGGGACAGAGAGAGUUCAUUGUGUUGCUGGGAAGGAUGAGUGUAAUUAUCCCCAACAACAUGUUAACCUCUGGAAUGCUCCGCAGAGUGAAACAUCGAUGAACUGUGCCAGGUGGCAUGAAGAAGAUCCCUAUGAAAUGUACUGAGUAUCGGAAGAUGUUUAGUCCAGUGUAUAAAUAAAGACUUGGGGAAUAACCCUGAAUGAAAAUUAAACUGUUACAAAUAUGAUUUAUGGAAAAUGUAUUUUUAAAAUGUCUUUUGAUUUGAGAUUGUGAAUCUUAACAGUGGGAAAGGUGACCAAUACGUUUAUGGUUUGUAUGUUGAAUGGUAAGAUAUGGACAUGUUAUGUGUAUAUGCAACAGUGAAGGUUUGUAUUUUAUGAUUUAUGUAUUGUA